CGUCUGCGAACGUUUCUGAGAAAAUGACGAGGUGCUCCGACUGUUAUUUGUUAUGGUGGAAAUGGGUAAAAUCAUAGAGACAUGCGUCCAUAUACAGAACAGAAGAUUGUAAACAGAUAACAGAUCUAAGAUGCUGAGAAUGGAUGGUCAUCUUGCGAAAGACCAUAACUACAGUGUCAAGCUUGAAAUCUCUCCCAAUGAAAACACUCCUCAACAUUUUGAAAUGUUUGACAAUGUGAUCACCAGUUUCCUGAGAGAGCAUGGUAUUCCUGGAGCUUCCAUGGCCAUCACUCUGCAUGGAAAGCCUGUAUAUAUGCAAGGCUAUGGUACAGCAGGACCUGGGAAACUGGUUUUGUCCAAUUCCAAAUUCCGAUUGGCCAGUAUCAGUAAACCAAUCACAGCCAUUGUUACAAUGAAACUGUUUCAGAGUGGUCUUCUCUCACUGAAUGACACAAUUUUUGGAGCUAAAGGUAUUACCGGUUAUAAGCCGUCCAGUAAGGGUGACCGUCGAUUGACCAAGAUUACUGUAGAACACCUCCUCCAGCACUCAUCCGGCUGGGAUAGAGACAGGGUCGGGGAUCCAGUGUUUUGGAAUCUAGAAAAGGUGUGUCCUGGACAUGAGCCUACAGCCAAGGAAACACUGCUGUAUUACAUGAUGUCACGCAAGCUUCAGUUCUCGCCAGGUAAACGUCACUCCUAUUCUAAUCUUGGCUACCUGGUGCUGGGAAUAGCUCUAGAAAAGAAACUUAGAAUGAAAUAUGAGGACCUGGUGCAUGAAUGUCUGGGGGACGUCACCAGAAACACAAUGUAUGUUGGUACAGCAAAAAAGUCGGUAGAGGACUUUCAAGAGGUUGAAUAUUACAAUAACCGAGAACCUAGUAUGGCCCCAUCUGUCUUCCCGGGGGAGGGGCUGGUGACCCCCCAGUAUGGCUCCUUCCCAAUGGAGGACACAGGGUCCUAUGGGGGCUGGGUGUCCUCGGCAGGACACCUCCUCUCUCUGUUCGACAGACUGACUGGCAAUGAUUCCAGUAUCUUUAUAUUGAGACCAGAUACAUUCAAAAGAAUGGUACAGCGACCUACCUAUGAAAAUGGAAACGAUUGGUAUGGCUUUGGACUGGAUGUUCAGGAUGGGGGUCAUAGUUGGGGUCACACAGGUGCUAUGGAAGGCACAUCAACAACAUUUCUCCACCAUAAAUCAGGGUUGAGCUGGGUCCUCCUCCUCAACUCUUGGUCACGGGAUAUGGAUCUAGAUGGCCUUGUCAAAUUUGCACUGACUCAUGUGUCAGAUCUUCCACUGUGGAAUCCAGUGAUGCUAUCCUUGACUGAAGUAAGGGGAGAUAACUUUUAUAAAAUUGAAUCAAAGUUACAGAUAGUGUGUGUACUUGUGUUGUAUAGGGAGCUGAUUACACACAUUAGAGAUUUGACUGAUAAGGGUUAUUGGAUAACAGCCCUCAACAUGUUUGAACACCAUCAUCAGCUGUAUUUUAACAUUGUGUGGAGAGAAAAUAAAGACAAUAUUUUCUGGAAAGUAAACCUUUAUACGGAUGAUGAUCCUCAGCUUUACAAGGAUUUUCCUGAGGAAUGUGAAACAGAUUUAUGUGUAGAUAUUUUAGAUACCUGUUAUUUUAAAGGAAAAUUUCAAUACAUUUUUGUUUGUAAAAAGAAAAACACCUUUAUAAAGCAAAUCUUAUCAUUUCAAUUGCCUGGACAAAUUCAUUUGGAACAUUUGUCUGAUUUGAAAAAGGUAAAUUAUGACAUAAAAGUACAAUCUGUGAGUGUAAAACUGGGUGACAUAUUUGUGUCCUCUGUCUUUUUUCACAAUGGUGGUCAACACUGUACCACCAUAUCCUGGCUACAGAUCACCCCUGACAACUUUGUGUACGAGCUAAGUAAGAAGUUAUCACUGGGCACAUUUGGCCUUGCAUAUGUGAAGUUUUACACGGACGGAGAUCUCCCGAGUGUGAGUAUGAUCCUGACUACAGAAGAACCUUUGUUAUGUCAUCAGAGACAUGAUGUGUCUAGGUUUGGUUUUCUUUAUGAACUUCACCAGAGUGCUGAUGUCCCCAUACAAUUUCUGUGUGGCUACAAGUCCGAGGACAUCCUCAACUUUGCUGCAGUAUGGGAAGCAAACAAAAAUGUUGGCAAGUGAUUGUUCAGUAAUGGCUGGGAUAUGAAAAAAUCCAUAUUGCUGAAAUUGUUAAGGAACUCAUUUGGACUGUGAGGUAAUUUUACUAAAUUUUAAAAACUCUAUACAGUAUUUUUUUUUUAUCAUUAUUUUAAAGUACCAUUUUUGAUCAUUUUUAUAAAGAGAUUAAAAAUAUUGCUAUCAACACCUAGAGACAGUAAAAAUGUAUUUGUGUGUUGUGGUAAUGUUACAAGCUGGAGAUGAACUAGAGUUGAUCAAAACAUAUUGACAUGGUAAUAGUGUCAUCAGAUUCUGAAAAUUCUGUACUGUAUUUUUGUACUACACUUGUACUUAAAGCAUUCUUUUACCCUGUUGCUUGUAAUAAACAAUAUCAAAAA